AUGGCAGUUGCCAUCCUAACAAUUACGAUUCAAGGAGCAAAUGCAAUCAUUUGUGCUAGAGAUCAACGAACUGGUCGAUAUCAAAACUUCCUUAAUUUACGAGUUAUGGAAAAGUCAAAUGCUCAAGGUGGUCGUAAAGACACCCUCGUCAAAGACAGUAAUCACGUUUCUUUAACGAGAGUUUUGGUAUAUCACACAUGGGAACAUAUGUCUCGAACUGUCACUCAGCAUGAUCAUUCACCAGAAACGGGAUACCUGUUUGGAUAG